AUGCCUGGUCUUAUUCGUCUGAAACAGCCAGGACUUUCCCCCGUACAAAUAACGAAUGAUACAACUCAAACUCUUAUCUAUCGAAAUCCUAAUGCACGAAUAACAUGGGAUGGUAUUGAAACAUAUAAACGAUGUAUUUUUCGCAAUUGGAUACCUGGUGAAGAAUAUACAGAAGUUUUAACAUUUAAAAAUUUAUCAGGAAAAAAUCUUACAUUCACAUAUGAAGUACCUAAAACACAAUAUUUUCAAACGAUUUAUCCUCGACGUUUAACAUUAAGUCAAGGAGUUACAUUUAGUUUACCUAUACAAUUUAGUCCAUUGGAAAAAAUUGCCUAUAUUGAUGAACUUGUUGUUUAUAUUAAUCAAACACCACGCCGUAUUGCACUUGCUGGCCUGCUACCACAGUAUCGUUUAAGUCUUGAGCCAAAAGAACUUGAUUUUGGCUAUUGUGCUGUACAAGAUAUACAAAUUCGUUCGUUCAAAUUACGUAAUACAGGUGAUUUAGAAACUAGUAUUGAAUGGCAUACAAGUGAACCAUUUUCAAUUGAACCUCGAGAUUGUAUUUUACCCGUUGGCGGAAUACAAGCGUUUACAUGUUCGUUUCAACCUCAAUGGGCAUUAAUUUAUGUUGGUGCAGCAUCGUGUAUAUAUGGAAAUCAGUCCGCAUGUGAACUACGUUUACAUGGUGUUGGAAAAUUUCCACAUAUUAUUGUUCGAUCAGAUGACGGAGCUAUGAAUGAAAAUACAGGAAAUACUUUAAUAUGUUUUGGAGAUAUGUCUAUGAGUGGCUUAUCGAAGCGUGAAUUAGUAUUAAUUAAUCAAUCAACAUUUCGUGUACCAUUUCGUAUUGAAUCAGUUCCAGGUGUAGCAAAAUUUGAUUCAGCAUUUCGUUUUGGAAAAACUGAGGGCAUAAUAGAAGCUGGAAAACGACAAACUAUUCCAGUAAAAUUUCAACCAAAAGCAUGUGAACAAUAUUAUAGAGAUUUUUUUAAUGUUAACACGCAACAAGGAAAUCUUGUAACGGCUGUUGUUGAAUGUAGUGGAAAAGCGAUGGGAAACAUAAUUAAAAUUAAUUAUCAAAAAAUUACAUUCGGACAAGUAUUAGCGAAUAGCAAAACAAGUCGCAUCAUUGAAAUAUAUAAUUCACGAGAAGGAAGCUCAGCACGUUUUCAAAUCUAUACAUCUGCAGAUAGUCCAUUUCAUUUUGCAAUUGAAAAUGGUACUUUAAUAGGUGACGGAUCGAAAUUAAGUAUAAUUAUUACAUUUACACCUCAAUAUCCAAUGGGAUAUUAUAAAAUUGUUCCUAUUCUCAUCGAACAUCAAUCACCUAUUCUUCUUGAAUUAAUUGGUACAUGCCAUUCUGAUACUGGUAAACCGCCUGUAUUAAACGAUCGUUUUAUAUCAAAUUUUAAACAACAAGUUUCACGUCAUCUAGCAUUGUAUCCAUUUGAAAUCUUAGGUGAUUAUUUAAAACGUGGUCGAUUAGUUUUAGACGGUCACGGAUCAAUAAUGGAAACCACAGAUACAUCUUUAAUCAGUGAUAUUAAAUUCGUCAAAGAUGAACAUGAUUAUAUUAUACCCCCAUUGACUAAUCCAUUAAAAGAGAAUUAUUUAUAUUGGUUUUCAAAUGAAGAUAAUACACGAUUUGAAUACGUAACAUUAAGUGAAACAAGUUUUAUGUUUGAUCAAUGUUCAUUGGACUCAACUAGUGAAUGGCAACAAAGUUUAACUAUAACAAAUUUAACACGAGGAAAACUGACACUUGUCUGGUUUACAGCAGAUUCGUCGGUUUUUUCUAUUUCACCAAUCGAAGCAGAAAUUCUACCAUUGAAAUCUACAGCAUUUCGUGUUAUAUUUCGACCAACAGUUGUCGAUACAUUUUAUACAAAACAUUUCGAAGGUUAUGUUUUCUAUAAAAAUCAACGUGAUUUUACACUUGUACCUGAUUAUGGUGUUAUGGCACCGGUACAAUUAGAUUUAAAUUGUGUUGGUAAUACAUUACGAGUCAAUCAUGAAAUUUUACCUAUAUGCCAAUUUGAUCGUGAUAUUCUUAUAUUUCCACCAAUCGGUGAUCAAACAUCAAUCUAUCAAACAUUAACAUUAACCAACAAUGGUACAACACCAAUAAUUUAUCGAUUUCUUUCAUCCAACGAUGAACAAACACCAGCAAAUAAUUUUACAUUUAAACCAUCGCGUGGAUAUCUUAAGCCAGGUGAUUACACAAUUAUAAUUGUUCGUUAUAAACCAAUACAGACAAGUGGCAACAAUGAAAUUUAUCAAGAACGUAUUAUUGUACGUUUAAAUGAACGCGACAAAUUUGAUAAAGUUCUAAAUGUAUUUGCUACACAAGAAAAAGCUCGAUUAUUAAUACCAAACGAUGGUCAUAUUCAUGCAUUGACAACAUGUAUUGGUUUAAGUUCUGAAACACAUUUACAAUUAAAAUCUUUAACACGUUCACAAUUAGAAUUCAAUUGGACAUUAGAUCAUAAUAUAAGUUCAAUAUGUGUUGAACCAAUGAAUGGUUAUAUUAAACCGUACGAAGAAAAAGAUUUUACUAUUACAUAUAAACCAAAAGAUGAAUGUAAAAUUUCUAUGCCAGCUAAAUUAAAUUGUUGGACUGGUGAUCGUACGAAACAAGGAGCGGAAAUCUAUCAUAUAACUAUACAUGCAUCGACACGUGAUGGUUAUCUACGUGCAAGUGAAUUACAUCGUGAUAUGGGUCCUAUUGCUUUGGGUACAUCAGCAACGUACGAUCUGUAUAUAACCAAUGGUAGUGAUUGUCUACUUCGAUAUCGUAUUUAUACGAAACAAACAAUAUUAGAAAAUAAAAGAAAAGAUAAUGAUUAUUCAAUGGAACUUGAAGAAGUCUCUAUACUUGAAUUUAUAUCCAAUCCGAAUGGACUAGGUGAAGUUGAUGGUAAAGCUAAAAUUUGCGUACCAUGUCGUAUACAUCCAUUUAGUCGAUCCUAUUAUCAAAUAGAGCUAUCCUAUGAAUUAUUAGAUGAUAAUAAUCAACGUUUAAGUGGCCAUCAACAUCAUUUAUGUACAUUGACUGUGCAUGGCGUAUAUCCACAUUUAGCAUUCAUGGAUAUACUUGGUACACAACAAUCGGCAUCAUUGAGUAAAAAUCUUCUCUCGAAAGCGUUUAACAUAGCAAAAAUAAAUGCAUUACUAGCAAAAGAGCCUACUGCUGAUGAAUUAACAUACGCUAUUAAUUCACCUCGUGAAGACAUCUGUUCAACAAAAGUAAAUAAAUAUAGAAAAACGAAACUAGAAAAUGGUGCCCCAUCGCCGUUGCCACCACUUGAGCAACCCGAAGCGAUUAUAUUUAAUUUCAAUGCUGCACCAAUUAACUCAGCACCAUCCGAAGUUCAUUUAUUACUUGAAAAUUGUAGUGAUCUUGAUACAACAUGGUCAUUUCUUUUUCCCAAAGAUUUACAAUGUGAAUUAGAAUAUUGGGCACGUACAGGAGAUUUUACAGAAGACGAAUUAAAUGAAAUGAAAUUACAAGACAAUAAAAUAUUUUGUAUUAAUCCCAAAAAAGGAACUUUGAACAAAGGCUCAAAUGUUACAAUAACCAUAACAUAUAAACAUAUUUUUGCUGGUCAACACACACUACCAGCAAUAUUUAAAGUAGGUCGUGGUCGACAAAUUAUGCUAAACUUAGUUGGUAUAAGUGUUGAACCAGGCGAAAGAUAUAUUCAAUUUUAUUCAACUAUACAUCAUUUAUUACCAGUUGAAUUAGGUGCACAAGGAGCACCUGUACAACAAUAUGAAUUAUGGAAUGGUGGUACAGUACCAAUUCAUUUUCAGGUUGAUAUGAGUCAAUUAGAACAGAUCUCAUCUUCAAAUUAUGGCUUUUGGGUUCUUGAUUGUCUUACACCAGAAGGCACUAUCGUGCCAAAUAAAAGCUUUGUAACACAAUGGGUGUUUAAUCCACUUGAAGCUCGUGAAUAUGUAUUCAAUAUCAAGAUUGAUUUGGAAAAUUGUGAUCCAGCAUUAAUUACAUUUAUUGGUCAUGGUUUUGAUAAACGUGAUGUAGAUUCAGACGUGUCAAAAUCAUUGGUAGACAAUAAUGAAAUGACCAAACAACUAAAUUUAGAUGAUCGUUUAGCAUCAUUAACUAUUGAUCGUAUAAAUUUUGGUAAUUUACCAUUAUUUACUAAACGACGUCAUAUUACUUUUCUUAAAAAUCGAUCAAAUAAAGAUUCGAUUUCAUUCAUUUGGCAUGUAACAAAUCCUGAACAAGUUCGACAUAUAAGAAUUCAACCAGUUCGAGGGAAAAUUCAACCUCGACAAUCAUUACCAAUAAAAGUAACAUUUAUGGCUAUUGAAGCACCAGCAUUUCACGAUAUUGAUCUUGUUUGUGAAAUAUACAAUGAAACCACACUUGAACAGUAUAAUCUUGAUUUAAAACGAUGGGAAACAAAUAUACAAAAGAAAUGGGAAUCCUUUGAAAUCAGCGACGAUGAAUAUAAAGAAUGCCUACGUAGUGGUACAUUGGAUGAUAAUGAGAAACAACAGUCGUCAACAGUACAAACUCAAUUUCAUCAAGGAUCAACAUUACAAAUGUGUAAAACUUUACCACCGGUUUUAGUUAAUUAUGAACUUGAUGAAAGUAAUGUUGAUCGUACAAGACGUUUACGUGUCAAUGCAAAACGACAAGAAAAUACAAGACCACAAAUGCCUAUGCCAGAAUUAUUACAUUUAGCAUUUACAGCACGUACAUUAGUUUACAAUGAAUAUCUUGACUUAUGUUCUGAUACAAGUGAAUUACAAAAAUUCUUUGUCGAUACAUGCUUAGGCGGCGAUUAUGGUAGUAAAGCUUCCAAAAGACGUUCGAAGAAAAAUGAAUACGAUCCAUUAAUGGGCGACGAAGAUAAUGAUGAAGAAGUUGAAUUAACUACAAAUAAUAAUACUCGAAUAACAGUUAAUGAAGAAGAAGCUGACUUACUACGUAGUACAUUAUCGGAUCUACUUCGAAAUCUUCUAUCUGAUCGCGUCUUUGCUGAUACAUUGCCGGACAUGAUUUCUGAAACGGUACCUUAUUUUUCACAAUUAAAAUAUACUCGAACACCACGGAAUAUUGAACAACAACGACGAAGUCAAGAAAGUCAUCUUCUUAAAGAUUAUCAAACAAAUCUUGAUGAAGUUCCUAUGCAUCUGCAUGAUCGCAGUCUAGCUUCAUCG